AUGUCUAUUGCAUGUCAAGUGCCAAGAGAUUUUAAUCCAACAGAGACAUUAGUAAUCAGGGACAGGCUUAUUUUCGACGCGAGAAAAGGCUACUUUAUUGUAACUGAUGGAAAAGCCGAAGCGGUGGAGAAGAAGAUCGACUAUCAUCGGAUAUCCGGAACUAACACCGGCGUUUUUGCUUUCACGGAUGAAAACUUCAAAGAAAGAAAAGACGACGCUGAGAUCUUCGCAGAUUCACGAGAUUGCAAGAUUGGAGAUGUGCGCGUUGUGAACUUGAACAACUUCGAGCUUUACAAAUUUCGAACUGAAGGAUCGAAAUAUAGCAUCGAAAAGAACGGCGAUUUGAUAAUUACAAAGCAGUUAAAUCGAGACCUAGAUCAAGAUAACUUUGAUGCCUGGGAAAAAACGAUGAAGCAUUGGAUGGAUCAUUUCGUCUUCAACUUGAGCAACGUGGAUGACAAUAAAGACAAGAAAAACGAGUACUACUUUUCGCAAACCUAUAAGAAUUUCUACUGCAUUAACGAAAAAUACAAGGAGAACGAAAUAUGCAGAAAUGGGAAAGUCUUAGCAAACACUGACUUGAAAACUACCAGCUACGAACAAGCGAAAGAACUAUUCUACCAAAUAAAAAUCCCUGACAGUGGAAAACGAGCCCCUUCGAUGCAAUUUUCGAUGUUGUUUGGUCCUCCUUACAACCAUGAUAGCAAGUUUGUGGACACACCUUCCACGAUUUCAUUCUACUGGCCACUGCAUACAAAAAUUCUCAUCGGCGCCUUGGUCCUCAUUUUUGUCGCUGGUGGAGUUCUAGCGAUCAUUUUUAUCAAACGAUACAUGAAUAAAGAAAUCGAAAAGGGGAUCAACAAGGCUGAAAGGAUGAAGCUUUUGUCUGAUGAUCGACCACAAGAAGCAUUCGAGCACAUUAUGAGUUGCAUGCCGGAUCCUCAGAAGAAAAUUCUCAAGAAAAUCUACAUCGACCCAAGCAAAAUAAAGCGCGACGGUCGUGAGUUGGGCAAAGGCGCUUUUGGUACAACCCGCGCGGGUACAUUACAAAAUGACGCGGGAGUUACGAUUCAUAAAAUAGCCAUUAAAACGAUGAAAACAGCGAUCAGUAAUGGAAUUAAUGGGCCUGGUUAUGCAACCUACCAGGGAAGCGGCAGUGGUUAUCCAGGAACAGGAAGCGCCGGCGAAUAUUUUGACGGCGAACAUGCAAAAGCGAUCUUUGACGAAGCCAUCCAAAUGAGCAAUUUCGAGCAUAACAAUGUCAUGAAACUUAUUGGUGUUUCUUUCAACCGCUGUGCUGAGCCGGAAAUGAUCCUGCCUCUCAUGGAUUGUGGCGAUCUAAGAAACUAUGUCAAAAAUGACGAGAACGAGCUUCUCAUUCGUGAUUGUCUGAAAUUCUGUCAACAAGCGGCUGAAGGAAUGAAUUAUCUCGUCCGUCAAGGCGUUAUUCAUCGAGAUCUCGCCGCUAGAAACUGCCUCUUAGAAAGCAUGGACAACAACAGGAUCAACUUGAGAAUAGCCGAUUUUGGCUUGUCAAAGACUUUCGAAAAUCUUUACCAGGAAGAAUAUGUUGCUCAAAGCCAAACAAAGCUCCCCUUGAAGUGGUUGGCCAUUGAAGUUCUCGAGCAGCGUAUGUUCUCGGAAAAGUCUGACGUCUGGGCAUUUGGCAUUCUCACUUGGGAAAUCUUCACGAGAGGAGCAAUGCCAUACGGAGCUCUCAGCGACUGGGCCGGUCUGAAGGCUUAUUUGCUCAAUGGGGAGCGGUUAGAAAUGCCAAAUGAUUGCACUCCUGAGUUGUACGAGCUAAUGAUGGAGUGUUGGCACGAUGAGACUGAAAAAAGACCGACUUUUGCUAAUUUAGUGAGUCGAUUCGACCAAUUCGUCAAAGGUCACCGUGAGUCUGAGACGAAAAAGGGAAGAAAAUCUAGCCUUCCAAGAAGAGGAAAUAUUUCCUUCAAGCGAGAUCAUUUUUCGAGAACCAAAGCCGGCUACAAAUCAAACCGUGGUAAAAAGAUGUCGCCUCCAGUUCCUGCGCCUAGAAAACCGCUACCCGCUGUUCCAGUGAGGGAAACGUCGCUAAGCCCAACUCAUGCUGAAGAAUUGGUGUAA